CCGUGCCUCCCGCACCCGGAGGGGGAAGGUGCCGCGCUGGCCGCUCCGCCGCCGGACAGAGCCGGACCUUUGCCUCGAAGCUGCACCAAAGCCGGGCUGUGAAUCCUGUGCUGCGGCACUGGGAGAGGUGAACUCGCAGGAUUGGCGGAGUAAAAUCCAGCAGCUCCGGAGGCUGGUCAUGGAAAUCAAAGAGGAGAGACCGUCAGAUGAAGCACGGCAGUUUCUCCCUUCAUCCCAGUUAGACGGUCUAGGAGAGCCCCAGUUUACCAGUAUUCAGAGAAUUGCAAAUGAGCCAAAGCUGGAGUUCAGUCUUGCGUGCAAGGAUCUAGUGGCUGCUACCCGUGAUCGGAAGCUGAGCACGUUUGUCCAGGUCUCAGUGGUGCAUCCAGCAGAGCACAUUGCCGCGCGGUAUUCGAGCACUGAAAUCGUGGAGGGUACAAAAGAUCCUCUGUUUCUGACUGCUGUGACCUUCCCACCGGAAUACCCCAUCUAUGAGGAAACUGAAAUAAAACUCACGGUCUACGAUGUCAAAGAUAAAUCCCAAGACACGGUCCGCACCAGUGUCCUACCUGACCACAAGGAACCAAGAGCAGAUGUUGGGCGAAGCUUCCUGGGCUGUGCAACUUUUAGAGUGGGUGAUCUGGUAAAGUCAAAGGAGCAGCAGUUGACCCUCACCCUCAGGACAUCUGAUGGUGGAAAGACAGUUGGUACCAUUGAAGUCAAUCUUAUGAAGAUGGGAGAGCUGGAUGAGGGGGAAACAGACCACAUCACAGCAGAUGCUCAGGAUCAAAAGUGUGCAUUGGUUCGUGAGUGUACAGCCACUGAGGGCAUAAGUGGGAAGGACAACCUGCCUUCCUUAAAUGCAGUGUUGAGAAACCCUGUUUGUAAGUUGUAUAGAUUCCCUACUUCUGACAACAAGUGGAUGCGGAUCCGGGAGCAGAUGGCUGAGACCACCCUCUCCUUCCACGUUCCUAAAGAACUAAUAAAUCUGCACAUAAAGGAGGACAUGAGAAGGAAUCAGGAGCUUAAAGACCUGGGAGAGCUUGCUCCUCACUGGGACAACAUGCGCAAAAGUGUAAUUGCUCACUGUGAUCAGAUGCUGAGCAUGUACCAGGACACUCUGGCAGAGCUUGGGAAGCAUACAGGUUCUUCCUUUAAAUCAAGCUGUAGCAAAGGAGAAAAAACACUAGAAUUCAUCCCAAUAAAUCUUCAUCUGCAAAGAAUGCAUGUGCAUAGUCCUCGAUUGAAAGAUGCUCUGUAUGAUGUUAUCACUGUGGGAGCCCCAGCAGCACAUUUCCAAGGAUUUAAGAAUGGUGGUCUCCGGAAACUGCUGAGUAAAUUUGAGGCUGAAAGACGAAACACUGGAUACCAGUGUAUUUACUAUUCACCUGAAAACACAGCCAAGGCAAAAGAAGUUCUCAGCAACAUCAGUCAUCUGCAGCCUCUCAUAUCAAGCCAUGCAGACCUGCUGCUCAGUUCUGCAAGCCAGCGUUCUCCAGACAGCUUGAAGAACUCUUUAAAGAUGCUUUCAGAAAAAACGGAGUUAUUUGUGCACACGUUCAAGGACCAGCUGGUGAGAAGUGCCCUUCUAGCGCUGUACACGGCCCGGCCUGGCUGUGUGCUCAAGAAACCAGCUGUGCCCAGGAGCAGUGCAGAGGAAGGGGCUGAUGCACAGCACCAGGACCAUCCUGCUCACGUCAAAAGGCAGGACUCCAUACCCCAUCAUUCUGAGUAUGAUGAGGAGGAGUGGGACAGGGUGUGGGCCAACGUGGCAAAGAGUUUGAACUGCCUUAUUGCCAUGGUGGACAGGCUGCUUGAAAAGGACAACAUCAGCAACAUCAAAGAGGGUGAAAAUGAGCCUUCAGCAGAAGAUUGCAAGGUGUUGCAUACAGGCGGUGACUGGUACGAGCAGCUGUACCCGCUGGUGGUCACGCUGAAGGCCUGCAUGGCAGAGGUGGUGACCAGGGCCAAGCAGUCCAUGGCCUUUGUCCUGCUCCAGGAACUUGCCUGUGGCUUGCCCCAGUGCCUGAUGCUGACCCUGAGGAGAGACAUCGUCUUCAGCCAAGCACUCGCUGGAUUGGUCUGUGGUUUUGUAAUCAAAUUGCACACAGGUUUACAUGAUCAAGGAUUUUUACAACAGCUUCACACUGUUGGAUUGCUGGUGCAGUAUGAAGGACUCCUUAGCACAUACAGUGAAGAAGCAGGGAUGCUCGAAGACAUGGCUGUGGGCAUUUCAGAUUUGCAGAAAGUAAUGUUUAGAGUAAUUGAAGCCAAGUCAGAAGAUUUUUUGCCUAUUAUAAGUGGAAGGCGUGAACAUUACAUUAUAGAGGUCCAGCUCCCAGCAAAGAUGUUUGAGCUGCUGCCACAAGAGAUUAAAGAGGGAAAGCUGCUUCGCAUGUAUCCAGUGCUCUUUAAUGUUGGAAUCAAUGAGCAGCAAACACUGGCAGAGAGGUUUGGAGAUACCACUUUGCAGGAAAACAUUAACCAGGAAAACUUAGAACUUCUCAAAGAAUAUUACAAGUUAUUUACAGAAAAAAUGCCUCCUGAUUGUUUACCACAUUUUCAAGAACAAAAUGAUUUAAAGGGAUUGCUAGAAAGUCUUCAUCAAAAUAUCCAGGCCAAAAAGAGAAAGAAUGUAGAAAUCAUGUGGCUGGCUGCAACGAUUUGCCGCAAGCUGAACGGGGUGCGCUUCACCUGCUGCAAGAGUGCCAAAGACAGGACAUCCAUGUCAGUGACGCUGGAGCAGUGCUCCAUCCUGAGGGACGAGCACCAGCUGCACAAAGACUUCUUCAUCCGGGCGCUGGAUUGCAUGAGGAGAGAAGGAUGCCGCAUAGAGAAUGUUCUGAAGAAUGUCAAAUGCAGAAAGUAUGCAUUCAACAUGAUACAGCUGAUGGCUUUCCCAAAGUACUACAGACCUCCAGAGGGGACAUAUGGAAAAGCUGACACCUAAGUUUAACAAAAGUGUAAUCAGGAGCAUGUAUCAUGCUAAUUAGUGAAUAUAACAACUGCUGUUUAUGACAUAUGAAUUGGGAAUGUAUGACCAGUGGAGGUGUUAUUUUUAGCAGGUUUUAUCACUUUACACUGAAAUUAAUCUGAUUAGUCAUUAUGAAAUAAAACCAUGAAAAAGCAAUGGACUGGAUAUUCUGAAAAUCAAAUAUAUUCAACUUAUCUUUGUGAAAUUGAAGCUUAGUAUGACUCAUAAGCCAGCUGGAAUUAGUUUCUGGGGUCAUUUGAUUGAAGAUUAAAAAGGGAAAUGGCAUUUGCUGUAGGAACAGAGAUUAGUAAUCUGGAAGGUGGCAUUCUGACUCCAAACCAA